ACGCAUAUGAUUGCGUUUAGAGAAAAAAGACAAAGGAGCCAAAGAAAGAGGGACGAAAGGUUUCUUACUUUUUAAUUCAUGCAGCGAUUCGGAUAGAAAACUGUGAAAGAUUCAGAGAACCCUAGCACGCAAUAAAAACCAUCGAGACUUUCCCUCUUCUCUCUCUUUCUCUGGUGUGUGCGUUGCGUUGAGAUAGCGUGAGAAGAAAGCAGGUUCCGUUCCGAUGGUUUUCUACUUCAAGGCACGCCCUGAAGCUGGCGAUUACACCAUCUUCAUGGGUCUCGACAAGUACGAGAACGAAGAACUCAUCAAAUAUGGUUUCCCUGAAGAUAUCUGGUUCCAUGUUGAUAAGAUGUCUUCAGCACAUGUUUAUGUAAGACUGCACAAAGGUCAGACUAUUGAUGACAUUAGUGAAGGUUUACUGGAGGACUGUGCUCAGCUUGUUAAAGCAAAUUCGAUUCAAGGAAAUAAGGUGAACAAUAUUGAUGUUGUUUAUACUCCCUGGGCCAAUUUAAAGAAAACUGCUUCAAUGGAUGUUGGUCAAGUUGGUUUCCACAACCCCAAAAUGGUCCGAACUGUGAGAGUGGAGAAGCGGAUCAAUGAGAUUGUCAACAGGCUAAACAAAACAAAAGUGGAAAGGAAACCUGAUUUGAGAGCUGAGCGUGAAGCAGUUAAUGCAGCUGAAAGAGCUGAGAGAAAGCAACAAAUGAGAGACAAGAAACGCCGUGAGGAAUUGGAAAGACUUGAAAAGGAGAGACAAGCCGAGCUGAGGAGCUACAAGGGUUUGAUGGUUGCAGAGAAUAUGACAUCCAAUAAGCACAUUGCAUCAGGAAGCAAAACACUGCAAGAAAUGGAGGAUGAUUUCAUGUAAGCUUUUAGCUAUUGGAUUAUAUGCAGAUGGCUGGUGGCCAACAAUGCUACCUGGUGAAUUAAAUUGACUAAAUAACCCAAGUCCUGGAAUUUGAAAUUUCAGUGUCUUCAUUAAGAAACCAAGUAGUGUGUACAA